AAACAAACACGAUCGAGCUUCUCCAAGUCUCAUCGAAACCAGUCUCAGAAUCUCAACCCGGCAAGCAAGCAGUCAAACAGUUUCCUUCCCGGCGGUACGGUGUGCAGAUUCGAGCUGUCCGGAGCCGGCAGAGGGUGACCAUGGGUCUGGCUUGGAUGGUGGCCGCGGCCGCUGCGGCGGUGCUGGCGUCGUGGGCGUUCAACGCGCUGGUGCACCUGGUGUGGCGCCCCUACGCCAUCACCAAGAAGCUCCGCGCGCAGGGCGUGCGCGGUCCGGACUACAAGUUCUUCGUCGGGAAUCUCGGCGACAUCAAGCGGCUCCGCGCCGCGGGCGCCGGCGUCACGCUGGACGUCGACUACCACGACUUCAUCCCCAUGGUGCAGCCGCACUUCCGCAAGUGGAUCCCGCUCUACGGGCGAACGUUCGUGUUCUGGACCGGCGCGAGGCCGAACGUGUGCCUGGCGGACGUGAACGUGGUGAAGCAGGUGCUCUUUGACCGCACGGGCCUGUAUCCCAAGAACCUCAUGAACCCGCACAUCUCCCGCCUGCUCGGCAAGGGGCUCGUGCUCACCGACGGCGACGAGUGGAAGCGCCACCGCAAGGUCGUGCACCCGGCCUUCGACAUGGACAAGCUCAAGAUGAUGACGGCGACCAUGUCUGACUGUGCUCGGUCGAUGAUGUCCGAGUGGGAGGCACAGCUGGCCAAGGGCGGCGAGGGGGAGGUCGAACUGAGCAGACGGUUCGAGGAGCUCACCGCCGACGUGAUCUCGCACACGGCGUUCGGGAGCAGCUACAAGGAGGGGAAACAAGUCUUUCUGGCGCAGAGGGAGCUCCAGUUCCUCGCAUUCUCCACCGUUUUCGAUGUCCAGGUCCCAGGGUUCAGGUACCUUCCAACUGAGAAGAACAUCAAGACAUGGAAGCUGGACAAGCAGGUGAGGGGAAUGCUCAUGGACAUCAUCAAGAGCCGCCUCGCCACCAAGGACACCGUGGGAUACGGGAACGACCUGCUCGGGCUGAUGCUGGAGGCCUGCGCGCCGGAGCACGGCGAGAGCCCGGCCCUGAGCAUGGACGAGAUCAUCGAUGAGUGCAAGACCUUCUUCUUCGCGGGGCACGACACCACCUCGCACCUGCUCACCUGGGCCACGUUCCUGCUGAGCACGCACCCGGAGUGGCAGGACAAGCUCCGGGAGGAGGUGCGGCGGGAGUGCGGCGACGAGGUGCCCACCGGCGACGCGCUCAACAAGCUCAGGCUAGUCAACAUGUUCCUCCUCGAGACCCUUCGACUUUACGGCCCGGUAUCGCUGAUACAGCGGAAGGCGAGCUCGGACCUCGACCUCGGCGGCUUCCGGGUGCCCGAGGGCGCGAUCCUGUCGAUCCCGAUCGCGACGAUCCACCGCGACAAGGAGGUCUGGGGCGAGGACGCCGGCGAGUUCAGGCCCGAGAGGUUCGAGAACGGGGUGACGAGGGCCGCGAAGCACCCCAACGCGCUGCUGUCCUUCUCCAGCGGGCCGCGGUCGUGCAUCGGGCAGAACUUCGCGAUGAUCGAGGCCAAGGCCGUGGUCGCCAUGAUCCUGCAGAGGUUCAUGCUCGAGCUGUCCCCAAAGUACGUGCACGCGCCCAUGGACCAGAGGCUCCGGGAGGAGGUGCUGCGGGAGUGCGGCGGGAGGGACCAGGCUCCGACUCACGAAAUGCUCAACAAGCUGAAGCUGGUGAACCUGUUCGUUCUGGAGACGCUGAGGCUGUACAGCCCCGUCCCGCUCAUCCGGAGGAGGACGAGGUCGCCGGUUCAGCUGGGUGGCAUCACGGUGCCCGAGGACACGCUCCUGACGAUACCGAUCGCGACGAUGCACCGCGACAAGGAGGUCUGGGGCGAGGACGCCGGCGAGUUCAACCCGCUGAGGUUCGACGGCGGCGCCACCAAGCAGGCGCCGAAGCACCUCAGCGCGCUGCUUUCCUUCUCCAGCGGGCCGAGGGCGUGCAUCGGGCAGAACUUCGCGAUGAUCGAGGUGAGAGCCGUGGUCGCCGCGAUCCUGCAGCGGUUCUCGCUGUCGCUCUCGCCGAAGUACGUCCACGCGCCGACCGACGUGAUCACGCUACGGCCUAAGUACGGGCUCCCUAUGAUCGUCAGUGGCAUCGAGGCAUAGUGCGAAAUGGUCUAUCGGUCUAUAAAAGUCAUCGUUGAACAAACUUGUACAUUCGUAUUAGUAAGGAAAGACCUACCUACUUGCGUGUUUA